AUGUCGCUGUCACCUAAGCGGCGCCGUAUAGAACCACCCGUACAGCUGGGUACACCUGCGAGUCAAGCAGUUACUACAAAUGGAGAAGAUACCACGGGUCCGUCACAGUCGGUACAACGAGAAAACGGAGUAGCUGCACAACCACAGCCAGAGGUCGAAGCUACGGCCGCUGUCGAUGCGCCGGCACCAGCGAACAACGCCGGCGAACAGACUGCCGAUCCGAACGUAUCAGCCCCUGCUGCAGAUUCCCAGGCCCUUCCACAACCGCGAAAGAGGAGGAAGCUUCCAUGGGCAGCGGUGAACCACCCUCCAGAGGGCGAAGAAGAGGCUGCGGCUGCUGCGCCGACUCGAAAGCCUCGCCAACCACGCAAGAAGAGGGCCGCUGCAGCAGAUCCAGAUGCAGAACACGUCGAACAAGAAGGGGAAGACGAAGAAGAGGCUCAGCCCACCCGGAAGCGAGCUGCCGCCAAGCCCCGUGCAAGAAAGAAGGCCACCGAACCCGCUACACAAGAUGGCGAGGAAGCUCCAGCGCCAGCAAAGAAAGCCAGGAAGCCAAGAAAGACCAAGGGGGCUCUGAGCAGCGAGGUCGUCGAAGGCCCAGAAACUGAAGUCGGCCGCAUAGCUGAUGAGAUUGUAGCAGCAGCCGUGCGUCGCAAGCCCAAAGCAAAGAGGAGGAGAAGGGCCACUCCAGAGGGCGAAGAGGUCGAUGGAGUUGAAGGCGAAGAAGGCGCAGUCAGGGAGAAGAAACGGAAGGGGCGACCGCCACGAGAGCCCACACCAUCCGAUGCCGAAGACCAGACGAUUGACCCCAACGAAACCUAUAUGGAUACUUUAGCAGCCCGGGACCUUCGCGUUGGAAAGCUGUCCUCACGGGAAAAGCAAAUGCGUACCAUUGAUUGGGAUGCUGUUAAGCAACGUCGAAGAGAAGAAGACAACAAGGACAUCCCUUCGAAAGCAGAGCAAGAAAAACAAGACAGACUUUUGGCAGAAGCAGGAGCAGAGCUGGCGGUUUCACAGGUUGAACCGGGACCCAGGUUUCGUGUGAACGCAGCAGGCGAGAUGGAAAUGGAUCCCACCACUGUAUUUAUCGACCGAGAGGGCGACGCAGACCGUCUCAUUAGCGACAUGACCGUCGUUGAAGACCAAGACAUCACCGCACGCCUCACAACCCGCAGCUUCAUGAAGAACAACAAGCGCUUCCCCAACGAGUUCCUCCUGCCCGGCCAAGGACGACGAUGGACCACGGACCUCACGAACCUGUUCUACGAGGGCCUCAGGUCCUUCGGCACCGAUUUCCAGAUGAUAUCCCAAAUGUUCCCCGGCUUCACCCGCCGCUCCAUCAAAACCAAAUUCACCCGCGAAGAACGCGACAACCCCGACGACAUCCGCGCCGCUCUCCAAGGCCGCUGCGAGAUCAACGGCGAUGGCUGGAAUACGUUCCUACAGAAAUCGGAAAAGACCGAGGCCUCUUUCGCCGACACGGACAGGAUCAAGCGCGAAAUGGCGGCAGAGGAAGCAGAGUAUGCGGAGAAAAUCGCCAAGGCGAAAGCGGAAGCACAGGAGAGGAAACGCCAGAGGGAACUUGCUGGUGUUGAUCAGGAUGGAAAUCCGAUUGGUGACGGCGCGAAUAAGGAGAAUGGGAAGGGGAAGAAGAAGAGGGGGAAGAAUAAGCAGGUUGCUUUUCAGGAGGAGCAGGGCGUGGAGAUUGUGGGCGAGAUUGGGGAUGAUGAUACUUGGGGUCAGGAAUAG